UAGCCCUCCGGCUGCCGCCACGACCCCUCAAAAGCCGACCGCCGGCAACCAGGAAGGAAAACACUGGCCGAGCUCCGGCCGGAAGUGCCCUCCGGAUCCGCCCCCUGCCUGUCGGAGCCGGAAGUGCGGCAUCAGCAGCCCGAGCGUCGCCCUCGGGGGUUUCUCCACAAGAUGCUCCGCGGCCCGUGCGGCCUCCUCAGGGCCCAAGUAGCGCCCGCCGCGGUCCUGGCUGCGGCGCUGCUCUCGUCGCUGGGGCGCUGCUCCUUCCUGGAGUCGGGGGACCCCGUGGCCUCAGCGCUUAGCCCCUACUUCGGCACCAAGACCCGCUACGAAGACGUCAACCCCGGGCUGCUUCCGAACCCCGAGGCACCCCGGAGGGACCCGGAGCUGCUGGAGGGGACGUGUACGCCAGUUCAGCUGGUUGCCGUCAUCCGCCAUGGCACCCGCUACCCGACGGCCAAGCAGAUCCGCAAGCUGCGGCACCUGCAUGGGCUGCUGCAGGCCCGCGGGCCGGGGGGUGGCAGACCCAGAGGUACCGGCGGCCGCGACGUGGGCGCUGCGCUGGCCGACAGGCCGCUGUGGUACGCGGACUGGAUGGACGGGCAGCUGGUGGAGAAAGGGCGGCAGGACAUGCGACAGCUAGCGCUGCGCCUGGCCUCGCUCUUCCCAGCCCUCUUCUGCCCCGAGAAUUUCGGCCGCUUGCGGCUGGUCACCAGCUCCAAGCACCGCUGCGUGGACAGCGGCGCCGCCUUUCUGCAGGGACUGUGGCAGCACUACCACCCCGGCCUCCCGCCGCCCGACGUCGCAGACAUGGAAUGUGGACCUCCAAGGAUUAAUGAUAAACUAAUGAGGUUCUUUGAUCAUUGCAAGAAGUUUUUAACUGAAGUGGAAAGUAAUGCUACGGCUCUUUACCAUGUAGAAGCCUUCAAAACUGGACCAGAAAUGCAGAGCAUUUUAAAAAAAGUUGCAGCUACUUUAGAAGUGCCAGUAAAUGAUUUAAAUGCAGAUUUAAUUCAGGUAGCUUUUUUCACCUGUUCAUUUGACCUGGCAAUUAAAGACAUUAAGUCUCCUUGGUGCGAUGUUUUUGACAUAGAUGAUGCAAAGGUUUUAGAGUAUUUAAAUGAUCUGAAACAGUAUUGGAAAAGAGGAUAUGGUUAUACUAUUAAUAGUCGAUCCAGCUGCAUCCUGUUUGAGGAUAUCUUUCAGCAUUUGGACAAAGCAGUUGAGCAGAAACAAAGGAAGGAGAGAGUCAACAGAUGGUGCCCAGCGGUGAUUGUGAAGACUGACAGAUGGUUUUCAGGGACUGUUUAUACGAAAAGACUGAUGAAGAGUUUUUAAAAUUCUUGUUUAGCUGAAUCAAGAUGAAAUCUUUUUAAAUGGGUGUACUCAGAGACUUCGAUCAGAUUUCUCUCCAAAUUGACACUGACCAAAGUGAGCAGUGCCAAAAUUACGAGUGUUUCUGAAGAAAACCAACAUACGCUCAGCAGGGAGAAAAUAAUAAGAUUUUUAAUAGAGUAUUUUAUAUUGUAUUUUUUCUGAUCUAUUUUAUCAAAAUAUUAACUUUUUCUUUCUUAAGUUACUCUUAAAAUCCCUUUUUUUGUACUUGGAUGUUACAUUUUAAAAAAUAUGUGUAAACUGACAAUAUUCUGUUACUGAUGUGACUUGUCUGGGGUUCCCAGGCUGCAUUUUGCUUUCUCCACCCUUCCCUACCCUACCCUGGCAAUGAUACUGUGCAUACAGGUUGUCAUCUUUUUAUAUUAGCAUUAAAGCAGAGACAUUCUUCAAUGUCACUGGAUGUUUUUAGCCUAAUUUUAAUAACAUGAUUUUACUUAAGGAAAAAUUGAAGCUCGCAAAUAAUGUUAAUUGACAAGCAUCAACAUUUUAGUUAAAUAAAACCAGCUUUCCAAAUUUAGGGUCCUUGACUUUUGUUAGAAUCACUGCAGUGAUGAGAUUAAAGUUAAAACCAGUAAAGUUACUCUUUACUCCUUUUGGCAGUAAGCAAAUUUAAGCAGCUAUUACUGUUUAAGCGCUGUGAUUAGAACAGCAGAUUGAAUUUACUAAAGAAAUAAGAUCUCCCUGGAUUUUAUUCCACCCCACCCCCAUCCCCCAAUUUCUGUUAAUACAUGUUUAUCUUUUCAGAUUUGGGGAAUUCAGCAAGUCACUUCCUCAUUCCCAAAGUAAGAUUGAUAUUCUGGACCGUAAUUACUUGCCUCAUGAAAUCUUUCUUUUUGUCAGAGAUACUCCCAGAUGUCAAAAUUAAUUGUUACAAACACUAAUAUUGGUUGCGAUUAUUAAAUAACUCUUGAAUCUUUUCAUUGGCUCUUCAGUCUAUGAUAUUUUCAGAUUUCAUGGUUGAAAUAGCACGGCUUUUUUGGGUUGUGUAAUUCCUCAUUGUAACAGAAGAUGGCAACAUUGGAACAUGUUUAGUGGUACCAAGUGAUUUUUUAAAUAGCUAUUUUGGUCAAUUACUUAGCCCGUUGUAACCAGGAGACUUUGUCUUUUAAAGUUCUCUGGGGUGUAUUUAGGUUCUUGCCCCCCUGAGAACCUGUUCUUGGUUGUCUUGCCCAGUGUUCCAUGGAGUUUAACUAGGUGUACCAUAAGUAUCUUUCCGUGCUAGUUGAAAGAUACUGACUGAACAAAGUAAAAGUUUAUAUAAAUAUACUCGCUGUUCUUUUCGUACUAGUUGAAAGAUAAAAAAAAAAUAAAGUAAAAGUUUAUAUAAAUAUACUGGCUGUUCUCUGAAUUCAGAUUCAGAUGUCCGCUUGCCUUCUGGAUAAACAUGUUUUGACUGUCUCUCUGGACUCUAGGUCUGUGAGGUUUGGAACUUUGUAUAAUUCACUGUUCUCUCUUUGGUGCCUAGUACGAUGCCUGGGAUAGUUGGUGCUGAAUAUUUAUCGAAAGAAUAUUCUCAAAGCUUCUUUUUCUUCUGUAUUCCCUAUUUUAGUCAAAACCACCGUCAUCCUUCCAGCCAUCCAAGCUGUGUACCUAGGCGUCAUUUUUGACUCUACCUCCCUCGCCUUCUACAUCCAUCACCAUAUUUUUAUUUUUGGUUCUAGUUUAUAUCAAUUCCUUCCACUUUUCUCCAUCCCCACUGUUACCACCUCAGUUCAGGCUAUUAUUUCCUCUCUCCUAGAUUUUAACAAUUGCCUCCUAAAUGCUUCCUUGAUUUCAGUGUUACUUCUACUCCACUCUAAUACAAUCUUCUUUCUAAAAUGCGCAUAUUAUCAUAUCCAGCGCCUGCAUAAAAUCAUUCGGUGACUUCCCAUUGACUGCCAAGAGAAAGUCCUCUCACAGUUUUCAUGAGACCCCUCUGUUUCCUUCUUGAAGGUGGUGUUGGUGCUAUUGAUUUUUUUAAUGUUGAAGUCUACUAACUCUGUAAUUUGUAGCCCUUUUUUUCUUUUCUUUUCUUUUUAACUGAACUUUAGAUGAAGGUUUACAGAACAAACUAGUUUCUCAUAAAACAGUACACACAUUGUUGUGUGACAUUGGUUAACAUCCCCAUGGCAUGUCAACACUCUCCCUUCUCAACCCUACGUUCCCUAUUACCAGCUUUCCUACUUCCUCCUACUUUCCAGUCCCUGCCCUAGUGCCGGUGCACCCCUUUAGUCUUGUUUUGUUCCAUGGGCCUCUUCAAUCUUUGACUGAAGGGUAAACCUCAAGAGUGACCUCGUUACUGAGCUGAAACGGUGUCUGGGGUCUGUACUCUCAGGGUUUCUGCAGCGUCUGUCAGGCCAGGAAGUCUGGCCUUUCUUUUUGAGUUAGAAUUUUGUUGUACGUUUUUCUCCAGCUCUGUCUGGGACGUUCUAUUUUGAUCCCUGUCAGAGCAGUUAGUGGUGGUAGCCGGCCACCAUCUCAUUGUACUGGACUCAGUCUGGUGGAGGCCGUGGUAUAUGUGGUCCAUUAGUCCUUUGGACUAAUCUUUCCCUGUGUCUUUAGUUUUCUUCAUUCUUCCUUGCUCCCAAACAUGUGAGAUCAGUGGAGUGUCCUAGAUGGCCACUCAUAGGCUUUUAAGACCCCAGACACUACUCACCAAAGUAGAAUGCAGAACAUUUUCUUUAUAAACUCUGUUAAGCCAGUUGAGCUAGAUGUUCCCUGAGACCAUGGUCCCCAUAGCCCUCACCCCAGCAAUUAGGUCCCUCAGGGAGUUUGGGUGUGUCUAUAGGGCUACCAGGGCCCUGCCUUAUACAGGCUGUGCUGUCUUCCCCAUUAUUGUGUACUGACUUACAGUUCACCAAAGUUGCUGCUUAUCUAUUGUCUAUUAAGUGUUUUUCCAAACCAGCCCCUCCCCACCCUAGUAACACUCAAAGAUUCUUUCUUUUUGUGUGUAAACCUUUCCAUGAGUUUUUACAGUAGUGGUCCCGUACAGUAUUUCCCCUUUUGUGACUAAUUUUACUCAGCAUAAUGUUCUCCAGAUGCAUCCAUGUUAUGUGAUGCUUCACAGAUUCAUCAUUGUUUUUUAGGGUUGUGUAACAGUGCAUUGUGUGUAUGUACCACAGUUUGUUUAUCCAUUCAUAUGUUGAUGAGCAUCUAGGUUUCCAUGUUUUUGCUAUUGUGAAAAAUGCUGCAGUGAACAUGGGUGUACAUGUAUCUAUUCAUGUGAUGACUCUUAUUUCUCUAGGAUAUAUUCCUAGGAGUGUUUCUAGUUUUCUAAGGAAGCACCAUAUGGCUUUCUAGAAUGGUUGUAUCAUUUUGCAUUCCCACCAGCAGUGCAUAAGAGUUCCGAUGUCCCCAAAGCCUCUCCAACAUUUUUUUAAAUUAGUUUUUAUUGUGCUUUAAGUGAAAGUUUACGAAUCAAGUCAGUCUCUCGUGCAAAAAUUUAUAUACACCUUGCUAUACACUCCUAAUUGCUCUCCACCUAAUGAGACAGACUGCUCCUUCCCUUUGCUCUCCCUCCUCGUGUCCAUUCGGCCAGCUUCUGGCCCCCUCUGCCCUCUCAUCUCUCCUCCAGACAGGAGAUGCCAACAUAGUCUCAUGUGCCUACUUGAUGCAAGAAGCUGGUUCUUCACCAGUAUCAUUUUCCAUCUCAUAGGUCAGUCCAACCCCUGUCUGAAGAGUUAGCUUUAGGAAUGGUUCCUGUCUUGGGCUAACAGAAGGUCUGGGGACCAUGACCUCCGGGGUCCUUCUAGUCUCAGUCAGACCAUUAAGUGGUCUUUUUAUGAGAAUUUGGGGUCUGCAUUUAUCCCACUGCUCUCCUGCUCCCUCAGGGGUUCUCUGUUGUGUUUCCUGUCAGGGCAGUCCUCGGUUGUGGCCAGGCACCAUCUAGUUCUGGUUUCAGGCUGAUGUAGUCUCUGGUUUAUGUGGUCCUUUCUGUCUCUUGGGCUCAUGAUUACCUUGUGUCUUUGGUAUUCUUCAUUCUUCCUUGCUCCAGGUGGGUCGAGACUUAGAUGGCCGCUCGCUGGUGUUUAAGACCCCAGAUGAGUGGGAUGCAGAAUGUUUUCUUAAUAGAUUUUAUUAUGCCAAUUGACUUAGGUGUCCUCUGAAACCAUGGUCCCCAGACCCCCGCCCCUGCUACACUGGCCUUUGAAGUGUUCAGUUUAUUCAGGAAACCUCUUUGCUUUUCAUUUACUCCAGUUGUGUUGACCUCUCCUGUACUGUGUGUUGUCUUUCCCUUCAAAUAAAACUUAUUUACUAUCUAAUUAGUGAAAACUCCUCUCCCUCCCUCCUUCCCUCCCUCCUCCCUCUCAUAACCACCAAAGAAUAUUUUCUUCUCUGUUAAAACUGUUUCUCCAGUUCUUAUAAUAGUGGUCUUAUACAAUAUUUAUCCUUUUGCAACUGACUAAUUUCACUCAGCAAAAUGUCUUCCAGGUUCCUCCAUGUUAUGAAAUGUUUCACGGAUUCAUCGUUGUUCUUUAUUGAUGUGUAGUAUUCCAUUGUGUGAAUGUACCAUAAUUUAUUUACCCAUUCAUCCGUUGAUGGGCACCUUGGUUGCUUCCAUCUUUUUGCUAUUGUAAACACUGCUGCAGUGAACAAUGUUGUGCAUAUUUCUGUUUGUGUAAAGGCUCUUAUUUCUCUAGGAUAUAUUCCAAGGAGUGGGAUUGCUGGAUCGUGUGGUAGUUCUAUUUCUAGUUCUUUAAGGAAGUGCUAAAUUGAUUUUCAAAGUGGUUGUACCAUUUGACAUUCCCACCAGCAGUGUAUAAGUAAGUGUUCCAGUCUCUCCACAGCCUCUCCAACAUUUAUUAUUUUUUGUUUUUUGGAUUAAUGCCAGCCUUGUUGGAGUGAGCUGGAAUCUCAUUGUAGUUUUGAUUUGAUCGUGAGCAUUUCUUCCUGUAUCUGUUAGCUACCUGAAUGUCUUCUUCAGUGAAGUGGCUGUUCGUAUCUUUUGCCCAUUUUUUGAUUGGGUUAUUUGUCUUUUUGUUGUUGAAUUUUUGCAGUAUCAUGUAGAUUUUGGAGGUCAGGGUAUGAUCAAAAAUGUCAGCUGAAAACUUCUUCCCAGUCUCUAGGUAGUCUUUUUAUUCUUUCGGUGAAGUCUUUGGAUGAGCAUAAGUGUUUGAUUUUUAGGAGCUCCCAGUUAUCUGGUUUCUCUUCUGCAUUUUUAGUAGUGUUUUGUAUACUGUUUAUGCCAUGUAUUAGGGCUCCUAACAUUGUCCCUAUUUUUUCUUCCAUGAUCUUUAUUGUUUCAGAUUUUAUAUUUAGGCCUUUGAUCCAUUUUGAGUUCAUUUUUGUGCAUGAUGUGAGGUAUGGAUCUUGUUUCCUUUUUUUGGAGAUGGAUAUCCAGUUAUGCCUUUUUCCCAAUUAACUGACUUUGGGCCUUUUUUAAAUAUUGGCUGCUCAUAUGUGGAUGGUUUUAUGCCUGGAUUCUCAAUUCUGUUCCAUUGGUCUAUGUAUCUGUUGUUGUACCAGUACCAGGCAGUUUUGACUACUGUGGCGGUAUAAUAGGUUCUAAAAUCAGGUAGAGUGAGGUCUACCACUUUGUUCUUUUUUACUAAUGCUUUACUUCUCUGGGGCCACUAUCCCUUCCAUAUGAAGUUGGUGAUUUGUUUCUCGGUCUCAUUAAAAAAUGUCAUUGCAAUUUGGAUUGGAAUUGCUUUGUAUCCAUAGAUGGCUUUCGGUAGACAUUUUUACAAUGUUAACUCUUGCUAUCCACGAGCAUGGUAUGUUUUUCCACUUAUGUAGGUCUCUCUUGGUCUCUUGUGGUACUGUCUUGUAGUUUUCUUUGUGUAGGUCUUUUACAUCUCUGUAAGAUUUAAUUCCUAAGUAUUUUAUCUUCUUGGGAGCUACUGUAAAUGGUAUUCAUCUGGUGAUUUCCUCCUCGAUGUUCUUUUUGUUGGUGUAGAGGAAUCCAACUGAUUUUUGUAUGUUUAUCUUGUAUCCUGACACUCUGCUGAACUCUUCUGUUAGUUUCAGUAGCUUCCUUGAGGAUUCCUUAUGGUUUUCUGUGUAUAAGAUCAUGUCAUCUGCAAACAGAGAUACUUUUACUUCUUCCUUACCAAUCCUUUGUUUCUUUAUCUAGCCUAAUUGCUUUAGCUAGGACUUCCAGCACAGUGUUGAAUAAAAGUGGUGAUAAAGGGCAUCCUUGUCUGGUUCUCGUGGGCAAUGCUUUCAGAAUCUCUCCAUUUAAGAUGAUGUUGGCUGUUGCCUUUGUAUAAAUGCCCUUUAUUAUGUUGAGGAAUUUUCCUUCUAUUCCUAUUUUGCUGAGUUUUUAUCAUGAAUGGGUGUUGAACUUUGUCAAAAGCCUUUUCUGCAUCAAUUGAUAAAAUCAUGUGGUUCUUGACUUCUGUUUUAUUUAUAUGAUGGAUUAUAUUAAUUGUUUUUCUGAUGUUGAACCAUCCCUGCAUACCUGGUAUGAACCCCACUUGGUCAUGGUGAAUUAUUUUUUUGGAUAUGUUGUUGAAUUCUAUUAGCUAGAAUUUUUUUGAAGAUUUUCGCAUCUAAGUUCAUGAGGGAUGUAGGUCUGUAAUUUUCUUUUUUGUGGUGUCUUUACCUGGUUUUGGUAUCAGGGAUAUGCUGGCUUCAUAGAAUGAGUUUGGGAGUAUUCCGUCCUUUUUUAUGCUCUGAAAUACCUGUAGUAGUGGUGGUGUUAACUCUUCUCUGAAAGUUUGUUCGAACUCUGAAGUAAAGCUGUCUGGGCCAGGGCUUUUUUUCUGUUGGGAGUUUUUUGAUUACCUUUUCAAUCUCUUUUGUUGUGGGUCUAUUUAGUUGUUCUACCUCUGUUUGUGUUAGUUUAGGUAGGUAGUGUGUUUCUAGGAAUUCACCCAUUUCUUCUAAGUUUUCAAAUUUGUUAGAGUACAGUUUUUCAUAGUAAUCUGAUAUGAUUCUUUUAAUUUCACUUGCGUCUGUUGUGAUAUCGCCCAUCCUGUUUCUUAUUUGGGUUGUUUGCUUCCUCUCCAGUUUUUCUUUUGUCAGUCUGGUCAAUGGUUUAUCAGUUUCUUUAAUUUUUUCAGAGAACCAGCUUUUGGUGUUGUUAAUUCUUUCAGUUGUUUUUCUGUUCUCUAAUUCAUUUAAUUCUGCUCUAAUUUUUAUUAUUUGCUUUCUUCUGGUGCCUGAGGAUUUCUUUUGUUGCUGUUUUUCUAUUUGUUCAAGUUGUCGGGAUAGUUCCUUGAUCUUGGCCCUUUCUUCUUUUUGGAUGUGUGCAUUUAUUGAUAUAAAUUGACCUCUGAGCACUGCUUUUGCUGUGUCCCAAAGGUUCUGAUUGGAAGUGUUUUCAUUCUCAUUGGAUUCUCUGAAUUUCUUUAUUCCAUCCUUAAUGUCUUCUAUAAUCCAGUCUUUUUUGAGCAGGGUAUUGUUCUGUUUCCAAGUGUUUGGUUUCUCUUCCCUGCUUUUUCUGUUACUGAUUUCUACUUUUAUGGCCUUAUGGUCAGAGAAGAUGCUUUAUAAUAUUUCGAUGUUUUGGAUUCUGCAAAGGCUUGCUUUAUGACCUAAUAUGUGGUCUAUUCUAGAGACUGUUCCAUGUGCACUAGAAAAGAAAGUAUACUUGGAUGCUAUUGGGUAGAGUGUUCUGUAUAUGUCUAUGAGGUCAAGUUGGUUGAUUGUGGCAUUUAGAUCUUCCAUAUCGACUUGACAGCAGUGGUUAUGGUGUCUUUAUUGAGCUUCUUACUGGGUAUUCUGUCCUUCACUGGAAGUGGUGUGUUGAAGUCUCCUACUAUAAUUGUGGAGCUGUCUAUCUCACUUUUCAAUGCUGUUAGAGUUUGUUUUAUGUAUCUUGCAGCCCUGUCAUUGGGUGUAUAAAUAUUUAAUAUGAUUAUAUCCUCCUGGCAUAUUGUCCCUUUAAUCAUUAUAUAGUGUCCUUCCUUAUCCUUUGUGAUGGAUUUAACUUUAAAGUCUAUUUUGUCAGAAAUUAAUAGCGCCAUUCCUGCUCUUUUUUGAUUGUUGUUUGGUUGAUAUAGUUUUUUCCAUCCUUUGAGUUUUAGUUUGUGUCUCUACGUCUAAGCUGUGCCUCUUGUAGGCAGCAUAUAGCUGUAUCAUGUUCUUUUAUCCAUUCUGCAACUCUCUGUCUCUUUAUUGGUGCAUUUAGUCCAUUUACAUUCAGCAUAAUUAUGGAUAGGUAUGAGUUUAGUGCUGUCAUUUUGAUGCCUUUUUUGGCAUAGUGUUGAAGUUUCAUUUUUCCACUUCUUUGUGCUGAGAAGUUUUUCUUUGUAAAUUGUGUGUUCCUUUUUCAUUGUAGUUGAAUUUGUUUUUGCUGAGUCUUUAUCUUGUUUUAUAUUUUGAAGUAUGGGAUUGUUAGUCUUCUUUGUGGUUACCUUAGUGUUUACCCUUGUUUUUCUAGGUAUAAACCUAACUUGUACCUCCCUAUAUCACCUUGAUUUCCUCUCCAUAUGGAAUAUCUGUGCAUACUUUUAUUCCCUCUUGAUUAUUGUCAUCUUUUACAUGACAUCACUGAUUCCCUGUUUUGAGCUUUUUUUUUUUUAAUAUUUUAUUUUUGUGAUUUCCCUGUCUCAGUUGAUAUCUGGAUGCUUGUUCUGUGUCCCAGUGUUGUGUUGUUACCUGAUAUUAUUGAUUUUCUAAGCAGAGAAUUCCCUUUAGUAUUUCUUGUAGUUUUGGUUUGGUUUUUGCAAAUUCCCUAAGCUUGUGUUUAUUUGUAAAUGUAUUAAUUUCACCUUCAUAUUUGAGAGACCAUUUUGCUGGAUAUAUGAUUCUUGGCUGGCAAUUUUUCUCCUUCGGUGCUCUAUAUAUGUCAUCCCACUGCCUUCUUGCCUGCAUGGUUUCUGCCAAUUAGUCCAAAGUUAUUCUUAUUGAUUCUCCUUUGUAGGUGACUUUUCACUUACCCUUGGCAGCUCUUAAAUUACCCCUUUAUCUUUGAUUCUGGCAAGUUUGAUGAUAAUAUGUCUUGGUGACCUUCUUUUGGUAUCUACCUUGUAUGGGGUUUGGUGAGCAUCUAGGAUAGAUAUCCUUUCACCUUUCAUGUUGUCAGGGAAGUUUUCUGCCAACAAAUCUUCAGCAGUUCUCUCUGGAUUUUCUAUUAUCCCUCCCUGCUCUGGUAUUCCAGUCAUUCGCAAGUUAUUCUUCUUGAUAGAGUCCCCCAUGAUUCUUAGGGUCUCUUCAUUUAAAAAAAAAUUUUUUUCUGAUUUUUCUUCAAAUACAUUGGUGCCAAGUGCCUUAUCCUCCCAUCUCCCCAACUGUGCGUUCCAGUUCCUCUAUUCUGCUCCUCUGAACUUCCUAUUGAGUUGUCUAAUUCUGUAAUUUUAUUGUUAAUCUUUUGAAUUUCUGAGUGCUGCCUGUGGAUUCUUGCAGCUUAUUAAAUUUUUCUUUUAUGUUCUUGGAUAAUCGUUUUAAUUUCUUCAGCUGCUUCAUCUGUGUGUUCUUUGGCUUUUUCUGUAUAUUGUCUGAUCUCGUUCCUGAUGUCUUGAAGCUUUCUGUAUAUUAAUCUUUUGUAUUCUACAUCUGGCAAUUCCAGGCAUACAUCUUCAUCCAGGAGAGUCCUUGAUUCUCUGUUUUGGGAGUUUGUUGAAGCAAUCACAGUCUGCUUCUUUAUGUGAUUAGAUAUCGACUGCUUUCUGCAAGCCACUAUAAGUUGUUGUAAUAAUUUAUUUUAUGUUUGCUCACUGUGUCCGAGCUUCUUGCUUUGUUUUAUUUCAGUAAACCCAAAUAGGCUACUAGAGUGAGCUAGCUUGAUUAUUGGAGCCUUUGAAGCACUAAUGUCCUGUUACCAGAUGGCUAGAGCUGUUACCAGGUAUAUGAGCCUAGGAGUGCAUUCACUAUCCUUGUAUAGAUUCAGCUCAGGUGUCCUGAUAAUCGGUCACCUAGUGUGUGGUAUAGGCUCUCAUGUACUAUCUUAGAGGAGUAGUGGUGAUGGUUGUAUGCACUGGUUUGUGGUAGUGGCAAGGCGUCACACUCUGAGGAGGGCACGCUGCUGACAGCCUUCCCCCAAGUGUCAGUGAGGAAGAAGCUUCUCUGUUCUCUAGAGCACCCUGGUGGGUGGGCUCUGCAGCUGUACCUUAGGCACCCAAUGCUUAUACCUGUAAAGACUGGGGUAGGCACCACUAUCCUCAGACCCUUUUCGCAGGUGGCUGGAUGGCAUGGGUGGAGCCUCCAGCCCUCAGGUCCCUGCUGUGGGUAGGUGAGGGCUCUGUUUAACAGGCAGAGCGGUAUCAGACCUCCAAAACCUGUCUCUGCACCGCACAGCUGAAACAAUUACAGUCAGACCUCUAACAGAUUUGCCCUUGCGUUAUAAUAGCCACCUGGAUCCAUGUAGGGGUGCAAGCCAAAGUCUGUGGAUCGCUUAUGCCCGGACUGGAGCCACUUCUGAGCUUCCAGAUUAGGGGAGUUGGGAAAGUAUUUUUCCUGUUUGUUAGUUUACUACUUCUCCCAGGCCAGGGGAAUGGCUCAGAGAGGGUGCAGCAGGUUCUAUCUCAGGCCCAGGGAAUUCAACUGUUAAUGAAGCCAGAUGGGGCAGGGGAGGGAGGGAUCAGAUAAAUAGGAGAGAAUACUUUCAGAAGAAGGAGCUAUUAGAUCCAGGGGUAAAUUAGACAAAAUCACUUAUCUUGUGUCAACAGCACUGUUUUAUCUCAGAUUGCAGAGGCCUGUAUAGCCUGUGUUCGCUGGCUGGGUCCCCGCUGAGAUUGCCUCAGGAGGGUUAGGGCUGCUUCCCACACUUUUCUUCUUUCCUGGAGCAGCUUUGUCCUAAACUCCACAGCCAGACCCAUGGGCGUCACACUAGGGGGUUGGGGUGCCGGCACUUCGUUUGCCUUCUUGCGCUGAAGCAACUGCUUCCUAAACGUCGUGGCCAGCCCCACUGUAGACACACCACAGGGUCAGGGGUGCACCACUUUGCUUGCCUUCUUUCGCUGAAGCUGCUUUGUCUCAGGAAACUACCAUCAGCCUGUGCUGCAUUCGUGCCAAAGAACGGUGCCAAGGAAUCAGAGCUGAGGAGCUACAACUUGUCACUGCUUCUGCACCAUCUCUCGCUUCCCCUGUUGCUCAGAUGGAUUCCUUAAUUCUGCAUUUGAUGCUCAGCGUUUGUAGAUUGUCAGAUAUGUAAUCAAUUCACUUUUUUUUUCGGCUGUUCAUUGCAAGAGGGUUCAGCGAAAGCUUCUGACUAGUUAGCCAUCUUGGCCCUGCCUCUGUGUAGCCCAUUUUUAAGAAAUUUUAUUUCUACCAAAAGGUUUCUCUGUGGAUGUAAGAGUUGAGUUGGGCACUAAUUACAAGCAGUAUAGUGUGAUAGAAUUUGCAUUGGUUUUACAGUCAUAUCCAAAUUUAAAUCUUUGCUCAACUUGUUCAAUGUUUCUAAAUCACAAUUUCCUCAUCUUUGAAAUAAAGAUAAUACUCAUCUUACAAGAUAUUGAGAAGGUUUUAUGCAACUAUAUGUCCGCGUGUGUGUGCAUCACACAAAUGCACAUAUAUGCACACACAUUUAUCUUUAACCACUGUGCCUUGCACACAAGUGCUAAUAGUCAUUUUAAAAAAUUAAUUGUCAACAUCAUCAUGAUAGUCAUCCCAGGCAGAAUUUGGCUAGGUAGGAAUGAUGAAGAUGUUCUAACAAAGAAGUGUACUUAUUAAGUAAAGGCCUAUGUGGGAAUGAAAACAAAGUGUUUGUAGUAAACCAAAAACCAAACCUGUUGCCAUCAAGUUGAUUCCGACUCAUAGUGACCCUAUAGGACAGAGUAGAACUGCCCCAUAGGAUUCCAGGGAGCAUCUGGUGGAUUUGAACUGCCAACCUGCAGGUCUUAACCACUACAUCACCAGGGUUUAUGCUGAGGAAAUUAACCUGGUGGCUUAAAGUAGACAAUAUUGGGAAAUUUUUUUUUUUUUUUUUAGUACGGUCUUGGAAAUCCUGGUGGUAUAAUGGUUAAAAGCUGUGGCUGCUAACCAAAAGGUCAGCAGUUCAAAUCCACCAGGUGCUCCUUGGAAACCCUAUGGGGCAGUUCUACUCUGUCCUAUAGGGUCGCUAUGAGUCGGAAUCAACUCAAUAGCAAUGGGUUUUUUAGUACGGUAUUACCUUUGCCAGAUUGAAUUUAAUUUUUUGUUUGUAUUUCUACUGUAAUGAUUUCUGUUCAUUUUAUAAUACAGUGCACUCUAACACUUAGACAUCUCCUUCCUUAAUUAGAAUCAUGGCCAGUAAAAUCUGUUGCUAUACUUUUAAAAAAUACUUGGACAAAUCGAUUGAAAUAAAGACAGAGUAUCUUCUGUGUUGUUUUUUGUGACCUACAAUGUUCAGGCAAUAGAGGAUAUACGAAGAUGAAUACGUUUAAACUGUUGUCUCAAGGAACUCAUGACCUGGUUUGGGGGAUAUUUAUAUAACUGCGCUAAAACAGGCAAAAAGGAAAAUGCUGAAAACCAAAAGCCAAACCUGUUGCAUUGAGUCAGUUCCGACUCAUAGUGAGCUCAUAGGACAGAGUAGAACUCCCGUAAGAUUACGAAGGAGUGGCUGGUGGAUUUGAACUGCCAACCUUUUGGUUAGCGGCUGUAGCUUUUAACGACUGUACCGCCAGGGCUCUAGUUUGAGCUGUGAAGUUUGGUAAAGGCUUUAUGGAAGGAGGAAUAUUUGAGCUGGGCCACCGAAAACUUUUUUCACUUAACUCCAGCGUAUCAGCGUACAGUGAAACAUGUGAGAACUGUAACUUGUCAGGACUGCCUUGUUUUUCUGGCUCACAGGUUUUCCACCUUUGACAGGGUGCAGUCUUACUACUUUUCUAUCACUCGUUUUCAUGGGAAAUAUUUGAGUUUUCCUUCUCUGACAGGUUUCUGUCUUACACUGGUUCCAGCUUUCACAAGUUUUACUGUACUUGAUUUUUUUUUUAAAUAGCGUUUUUGAGAUAUAAUUGAUGUAAAGCAAAGUUAAAAUUUUGUGGAGUUUUACUUACAUGUGCAUGCAUGCGUAAAACCAUCACCACAAUCAAGGUAAAAUGUCCAAACAAAAGUUUCUUUGUGCCCCUUUCUGAUUCCCUCCCCCAAUUCCCAGGCAACCACUGAUCUGUUUUCUGUUACUGUAGAUUAAUUUGCAUUUCCUAGAAUUAUAUGUAAUGUCACUAUAGUAUUUAAAUUUUUUGUCUGCCCUCUUUCACUUAGCAUAACUUUUAGAUUCAUCUCUCUUGCAUAGUUUAAUAGUUGGUUCCUUUUUAUGGCUGAGUAAUAUUCCAUUGCACAAUAAUUUGUUUAUCCAUUCACCUUUUCUUUUGAUGGACCUGUAGGUUGUUUCCAGUUUGGGGCUAUUACAGAUAAAAUUGCUCUGAACAUUCAUGGUCUUUGUGUGGACACAUGCUUUCAUUUCUCUUGGGUAAAUACCUAGGAAUAGAAUGGUUGGGUCAUAUGGUAGGUGUAUGCUUAGCUUUUUAAGAAAUUACUAAACUGUUUUCCAACCAACUGUGUGAGCGUUCCAGCUGUUCCACAUUCUAGCCAACACUUGGUAUGGUAGGUCUUUUUAAUUUUAGACAUUCUGAUGGGUACAUAGUGGUGUCUCAUUGUGAUUUUAGUUUGCAUUUCUCUAAUAAUAACAGUGCUGAACAUCUUUUCAUGUGCUUAUUUGCUGUAUGUAUAUCUACUUUGGUGAUAUGUCUGUUCAAAUCUUUUGUCCAUUUUUUUCAUUGGGUUGUUUGUCUUCCAAGUUUUAAGAGUUAUUCUAAGUGCAAGUCCUUGGUUGGAUUUAUGCUUUACAAAUAUAUUUUCCUAGUCUGUGGCUUGCCUUGUUUUAUAAUAGUGUUUAAAGGGUUGAUUUUGCCCCAGUAAUUUGGCAGUUUCCUCCUGAGCAUUUGUCUUAGUUAUCUAGUACAGCUAUAACAGAAAUACAAGUAGAUGGCUUUAACAAUUAGAAAGUUAUUCAGGGCACCAGCUCCAGGGGAAGGCUUUCUCUCUCUGUUGGCUUUGGGGGAAUGUCCUUGUCAUCAAUCUUCUCCUGGUCUAGGAGCUUCUCUGUGCAGGAACCCCAAGUCCAAAGGACAUGCCAUGUUCCCGGCACUGCUUUCUUGGUGGUAUGAGGUCCCCAUGUCUCUCUGCUCGCUUCUCUCUCUUUUAUAUCUCAAAAGAGAUUGCCUUAAGAUAAAACCUGGUCUUGUAGAUUGAGUCCUGCCUUAUUGACAUAACUGUCUCUAAUCCUGCCUCAUUAACAUCAUAGAGGUAGAAUUUACAAUGCAUAGGAGAACACAUCAGAUGACAAAAUGGUGGACAAUCACAUAAUACUGGAAAUCAUGGCCUAGGCAAGUUGACACAUUUUUGGGGGGGACACAGCUUUGAUCCAUUAUAGUACUCUAAAUGGCAGCCUGUGUAUUAUGAAGUUUUUCCAGCCUGGCUUGUAGUAACACAAACUGUUCCUGGCCUUAGUGUUAGUUUUUGUUUCACCUGUUACUUUCCAAUGGCUCUUUCCCUACAUUUGGGUAGUUUUCUCACAUGCAUGCACUGAUCAAUACCAAAUCACUCUUUCCUCUCCGGCACUUUAUUCUCUGAAUUUCAGCCAGUGUGGCCUCCCAAAUUCUCAACCCUGUCUCCUCUACUCAGGGAGAUUGUCAUGCUUUGUGCUUCAGCCUGGAAACUCUAGGCAGUUAGCUGGAGCAGUUGUUGGGUAUACCCCUUCUGCCUUCCUUCUCUCUUACUCCACCAGUUGUUCAGUGUCUGAAAACUGAUGUUUCAUGUACUUGUCUGGUUUUCUAGUAGUAUAGGACAGGAGGGCAAAUUCAGUCCCUGUUAUUCCAUCUUGACUGGAAGCAGAAGUUAUUUUAGUGUAUUUUUGAGAAAAAAACUUUAUACUUGAGUCAUUUUAGUCUAUGAUUUUGUGUUAAGCUGAUGAAUUAAUACUUCUUCACACACCUUACUGAAGCUCACGAUUCAGUCAUAAAAAGUUUCUUUAUGGUAUUUUUCUUACCAAAGCAUCUCCUAUAUCUGGUGGUUUGUGUUGCUUAUUUGUACACUUACAUAACUAUGAAAAUUAUAGGUAUUGUCUAAAGCACUAUUUGAUACUCCUGGCUCAUGUUUAAAAAAACACUGCAUAACAUCAGUUGAGUGUAAAACAUGAAUUGAGAGCUUAGAAAGAUCUAGCUAAAUACAUUCGGAGGAAAACACAAUUAUCAGUUGUUUUUCUGGUUGAGCCUUUUGAGUGAGUUUAAGUACUUGAUUAUGGGUGUUUAUUUUGAACACACACAAGGUCAUCUACUUAUAUUUAACAACAUAACUUUAGGCUUCAAUUAAAUUUCAUUUUUAUUAAAGAUUUAAUAAAGUCUCUUUACCAACUUGUAUAGAUGAAAACCAAAAAAAAUAAACCCACUGCCGUUGAGUCGAUUCCGACUCAUAGCAACCCUGUAGGACAGAGUAGAACUGCCCCAUAGAGUUUCCAAGGAGCACCUGGUGGAUUCGAACUGCCAACAUUUUGGUUAGCAUCCAUAGCGUUUAACCACUACGCUACCAGGGUUUCUCAUAUAAGUGAAAGAGGACCAUAAUUUGGAGAACUGCAUUCUUAAUAUUGAUGAAUAGCAUUAGGUAAUUCACUUGACCACCUUAGACCUCUUUUUUCUUAUUUCUGAAAUAGAAGGACUUAACCAGACCUCAGUUGUAAAACAUUAUGAUCUGACUGUUUCUAUACAUACAUUCAUAUAGAUUUCUACUUGCUUAUGUUCGUAUUGAUAAUUUGCAUCUUACAGGUUCUUUUUAAGGUAAAAAUUAUGUUUUUUUAAGUGGUUUUGUCACUUCUUAGAAUAUGUGACAUCCAAAGUUUAAUGUAUUUUUAUUGGAUGGAAAGAGCAGAGUGAGAGAUGGUCCCAUUCCAAGCCUUUGUAUCCGUUGUUCUUUGGGUAUUUUGCUAAGAGUCUCAAAGAAAGAAUAGUCAGGGAUGUAAGGUAAUUUUAGAAAUGUGACUAAUAGAAGUCUUUAUUUAUUGAUGAGUCAGAACCAGCCUGUGGAAAAUCCACGCAUUCUCUGUCAAUGGGAAAUGGCAUUUUUGGGCUGAGGCACAGAGAAAGGUCUCCUACUAUUUGGUGGUAUUAGUGGUACUAGAAAGUGGGUAGGCACCUUGUGAGCAUGGUUACAGUAAAUAUGGUGCCUAGCUGAUAGUGAAAGAAGGAGGAGUUAAGAAAGAAAAGGAAAAUGUGUGUUUUAUUUUUUCAAGAAAAAUAGAAAAAGCUCAAUUCAAAUUAGAGAAAGUCUGAAUUAUUUUAAUUUGAUGUUAAGUAUGUAAAUUUAAUUCAUUCUCUUUAGAAAUUUUAAAUGUAGGAUUCAUCAGAAUAAAACUAUCAGACAUUUCUGAAAUACAUGUGAUGCAGGAGAUAUAAACCAGUGUGGGGCAGAAUUGUGGGUGAAAUUAAUCCUCAGGAUGUCAGGUGGUAAUAUAAUGUAUAACAUAGGGGUUCUUAGAAUCAUGGAGGGUCUAUGAACUCCCAAAACUGUAAUUCAAGCUUUUAUGCAUUUGUGCAUUUCUCUGAGACAGAGUCCCAUUCUUUUAGUCAGAUUCUCAAGUGGGUUUAUGUCCCUGAAAUGUUAAGAACCACAGAUACAGUGGGUAUUGAAUAUGCCUCAUUACUGAUUGCCUUGGCAGCCUGACCUUUAAAAACCAUUUACGUUUUCCUGCCAAAAACUGCAUUGUUUUGUUAAAGACAAAAACCUGAACCUCACAACUCUGUUUAUUGAAGGGUAUUGACAAAGAAAGCUACAUGGGACCACAGACAGAGUGGAAUGUAGCAAUCUUCAUGCUGUCAGCAAUCUUCUGACAAAAUGAUAUGCAGAGGGCUUAUAUAUGGAGUUGAGUAAACUGACUUUUUUUCUAUUCAUAUUCCCACUCCAAAAGUAAGUCCUCCCAGUCCCACAUGUGUUCUCUUCUCCUUUCUGUCUCUCUCUCUCACACACACGUACACACAGAGUUAUUCCCUCAUUCAGACAUAUAUAAGACAUACGUACGCACUCUUACCCAUUUGCUGCUUGACCUGAUUUGUUCACGGUAUUUUGAGCUUAAUUAUAGAUCAGCUUUGGCUUAGAGAAACUUGAGAAUGAAACCCAGAAAAGUUCUCAUGCCGUCUUUGGGAUUUGGGCAUUUUUAAGGAUAAGUUGGGGAUUUGGUUCUUUCAAACGGCAAUUGGGCCUGUACUAACUGGAGUAAACCAGUUUCUAAGAGAUGACUUAGAAUCAGGUUGAAAUCAUCUAAGAUUUAUUCCGAAUUAUGAGGCAUAGAGCAACAUGUUCCUUGAGAUGAAACCGAAUCUCUUCUUCACAGAAAUUACUGAUUUACUUCAAAAUUCUUGAUAAAACCUAGUAUAUACCUUUAAAAACUUCCUGGACCACAAAUGCUCUCAAAUAUUUGCUUUGAGGUGUUUAGAAUUACAAAAACAAAUAGAAAAAACCCAAAACCUUACUCUCUGUCCACACACACACAUCUCAGAACUCUUUUAGCCCCCACUAAUUGAAGGUCCUGUUGCCGUCAAGUCAGUUGUGACUCAAGGAACCCUGGUGGUGCAGUGGUUAAGCACUGGGUUGCUAACUGAAAGGUCGGCAGUUCAAACCCACCAACUGCUCUGGAGGAGAAAGAUAUGGCAGUCUGCUUCAGUAAAGAUUACAGGGUUAGAAACCCUGUGGGGCAGUUCUGCUCUGCCCUAAAGGAUCACUGUGAGUCAGAAUCAACUCAAUGGCAACGGGUUGGUUUGGUUUUCAAUUGAAGGUAUCCAAGUUUACCUUAUUUUGGUGUUCAGAUAUAAUCUAGAAUAGAAACAAGAUGUGUUUUUCCAUUUGACACUUACGCUACUUAACAGCAUUAAAAAAAAAAAAAGUGAGCAAGUCUAAUAAAGGGACAAACAAGUGUAACCAUGAGCAGCUGUUUGAGAGGAAUUAUGUUAACGCUAAGGAGUUCUGGUGGCACAGUGGUUAAGCGCGUGACUGCUAACCAAAAAGUUCGAACCCACUAGCUGUUCUGUGGGAGAAAAACGUAGCAGUCUGUUCCCGUAAAGAUUACAACCUUGGGAGCCCUGUGGGCAGUUCUUCUGUGUCUUAUGUGGUUGCUGUGAGUCAGAAUCAACUUGAUAGCAGUGGGAUUUUUGUUGCUGUUUAUAUUAACCCUUGGAAAGAAAAUACGCUCUUUUUGAUCACAGAUAUUUCCAUGGCAGUAACUAAAAUUUUUAUAUACUAGAAUUCAUUUUGGCAAUUGAGCUUCAAUGAAAUAGAAAUCAGUUUAUAUAUCACUUAUUCUUGUUUAUAAGAAAAGCAGUUUAAUAUUUGUAGCUAUAAAUGGACUAUUUAGUUUAAAAUGGCUGAAAAAUUACUGGCUAGGUUCUCUUGAAUUUUAUACUUCACAAUUAUAAGUUAGAUUUUUUUACUUAUACUAUGUAGGGAACCUUGAGGAAGAAUGCCUUAUUAUUUUUAUUCUAGUUUUAACAUUUGAAUUAUUAAGAAUUACUAAGUUAAAUUCAGACUAGAAAAAAAUAGUGAAGGAAAACAUGUAUGUUUCAGACUUCAGUGAUUUAUAUUCUGAGCUAUUAUUUAUUGAAAAUAUUUUGAGUUACAGCAAAAGCUACUUAACUUUUUUUUGGCUAUUGUAGUUUAUUUUAGAGUGAACUGAAUUCCUCUUCUUACUCUAAAACUCUGCUAGACAUUUAGUGCACUUUAAUUUUUUUUAAUGGGAAAAUCAAGAAUAAAGUUAGAUUUUUUUAAUUGUAUAAAGCAUGUAUGUGCUGAAAAAUAAUUUUUAGUCCCCUUUAAGUUUUCACUUUUGUGUUCAUAUUGAUAGCAUAUUUUAUAAAAUAUCAUAAAGCAUUCUUUUCUAUUUUAUAGACUAUUUUCCCUGAGAUAAGAUUUCUCUAAGCCAGAUUUUUAAUAGUCUGCUUUGACGUAUUUUACACCCAUUAGGUGUUGUCGUCUUCUAUGCUUAAAAAAGAUUUGUGCACACACAUUUAGGAAUGAUUACACAUAAAGUAGUACUUAGGUGAUUAUAUGUUUUAGUGUGUCUGUGUUUUAAUACACAUGAUCAAUAGUAACAUGACCAUCGAAAAGCAAAAAGGAGAAAAGGAAACAAAGAAAAAUAAUGUACACUAUAUUUUGUGUACUAUUACAAUAUUAAUUUGAAACAUUUUCAACUGCUGUAUCUUGUAAUCUGGUGUCUUAGAAAUGAAUAAAGUGAUUUUAAUUAUAUUUGGGAAAUGAGAGGUAAGGAUGGAGAGAUUGGUUGGUGAGGGGAGGAGAGCUCGUAUAUGGAGAGGAGAGAGUGUAGAAAAUACAAAGUAGAUCAUACUGGGCCUGGGUACAACCUGAAUCCUUCUCAAUACAGUGUUCCAGAUAGCUGUUAGGCACUAAUUAGAGCUGAAACUGGUUUGGCCUAGAUAUUUGGUUCUAUGAGACUAAAAUUGUCAUUUGUUGACACAUUUUCUUUCUUCCAAGCUAGAAUACAAAUUUAGGUAUAUACGCACCCCAUUUUGGAGCCCUUGUGGUACAGUGAUUAAGAGCUACAGCUGCUAACCAAAAGGUUGACAGUUUGAAUCCACCAGCUGCUACUUGGAAACGCUGUUGGGGCAGUUCUACUCUGUCCUAUAGGGUCACUGUGAGUCGGAAUCAACUCGAAGGCAAUGGGUUUGGCUUAUGCACCCUUUAUUAUUCAGCAAACUGAAUUCAGAGUGGAGGGUAUAAUGCAGAUGAGUGCCUAGAGUUAGUGAGCGAGAGAUGCUCUUAGGGACAUGGCGUCUCUGAUUUUUGGAAGUGGUUUGUCGUGUAGUAUAUUAUAUUAAUUCCUGGGGGGAGAGUUCUUGUCUCUCUGUCUUUGUCUUCUUCCAGGCUUACAUCACAGGUCAUUAUUCUUUUGUAGAACUGUAUUUUUUAUUGACCAUUUUUUUGUUGUGUAUUCAUUUCAGAAUAAACCCUGUGAAAUGAAGGUUUUACCUCUUAAACAUUUUUGAAGAAUUGAUGCCGUAUUUAUAGAGAUAAUCCAUUUUCUUAUUUUGUAGGGUAAUUUAACACGUGCUUUCACCAAAUUGCAUUAUUGCUAAAGAGUGCUUUUUUUAAUUGGCUGAUUCUGAUUAGUAUACUAGGGCCUUGUUAACAAGCACUAGCAAUACAGUCUUCUCACCUCGCCUGUUGAAACACCAUGUUUCUUACCUCCACCUAAAAGUUUGACUUGAAAUUAGGCUGCUCUGGUGCAGUGCUGUUUGCUACCACAAUUUUUUUUUUUUUUUUUUAAUUUAUCAACUGCUCAAUGCCAUGCACCAGUUUAUUGCUGUAGCUCUCAUCUAACAACAGCUCUGUGAGGGGAGUAGAUUACCUUCAUUUUGCAGGAACCAAGGCUUGGAGAGAUUCAGGGAUUUGCCCUAAGUAGGUUAUGGCCUCCGGUUUUCAAGCUGCGGGACCUGUUCCUCUCUCGUCCAUUAUGACCACCUGUUCUAUCAGAUGCUCAAAUUUUUUUUUUUGAAGGCUGGGACUAAUCUAAGGUUGCUUCCAGAGCCAAAAGUUUGAGCUAGAAACUUAUUUUUGAAUAACUUCAGGUAUGCCCUACUUCAGGAAAACUAAUCUUUUGAAAAAAUUGAAGUUAUAAAUUAGACCGAAGAUGGCUGGAGUAAAAUGUUUUCAAAAUGAUGUAGGUUGUUCUUUUAUGUGAAACUACCCCCUGUGAAUUUAAUGGAUGGUACUGUACUUUUUUUUUUUUUUAACUGUACUAGUGAGUUUAAUUGGUGGUUCACAGGUAACUUAGGCAAGUUAUUUAAGCUCAGUUUUUUCACUUAUAAAAAGGGGGUGAUGGUACCUAUGCCAUAGAGUUUUUAUGGGAAUUAAAUGAGAAUCAUUGGAGAAAUGCAUGGAGAAGAUGUCCCAUUAACUGUGUGAAUGAGAGGAUGGAGUAGGGCAGAGACACUUAAUGCCAAAGGGUUAGGAGAUACUAGUAAUUAGAGAAAAUCUGAAAUGUGAAUAUAAAUAAAAGGAGUUAUUUAUAAUAAUUCCUUUGCAGGAAAACUGUGCUCUCUCAAGGCAAAAAUAGGAAACAGUCUUCCAUUGAAUAGAUUUUUUAGGCUUUUCAAGGGAGUAAAGUCCUUCUUAAGGAGCCCUGGUAGCACUUGACUGCUAACUGAAAGUCAGUGGUUCAAACCCAGCAGUUGCUCUGCAGGAGAAAAGAGCUGGUAAUCUGCUCCCAUAAAGAGCACAAUUCUGCUCUGUCUUAUAGGGUUGCUGAGUUGGAAUCGACUUGAAAGCACAGAACAACAACAAAGUCCUUCUUACAUCUUACUAUGACAGUCCUGUUUACUAUCAUAAGUUAGCAUUUUUAAUCAUACUAUUUUUAGAAAUAUAUGUUGAAUUUUCUAAUUAUCAAAUACAAAAAACCUGCUCUUGUACUUCGCUAAGGUUAUAGUAGGCAGCAUUUUUGUUACAAGACUUUCUAGGAAGGUAUUUAUGACUCAGCUUAAACGUUACCCCUUCGGUAAAUCCCUUGCAGCUUUUCCCCAGACAGAAAGAAUUGCUGUCCUUCUCUGGGUUCCUUCAUGUUUAGACAAAUGCUAAUCUGCAAGAGCCAGGAAUAUGUUUUAUUUGUAUUUUUGUUUACCUCACCGCCCUUCCCCUCCCCCUCUGCACCACCAAAAAAAAAGAAAAACUAGCAAAGUUUCUGGCUUGGCCUAGAUUGGUAGGGCCUGUGACAUCUGAACAUAAAUUAGCCAUAUAGACACAGAUAACUGAUAAUAUGCAUGUCUUGAGGCUCUUGGUGCUUCACAGAGAAUACUUUAUUACAUAGUUAUGCUGUAAAUGUAGAUGCUGGAUUUGCUAUCUAGUUGCUCUAUCUGUUUUUAUGUGGCGAAUGAGGAAGAUCCCCUAACUUCGCUGCAAAUACUGCUGCUCUCCUAUCAGAAUCAAGAUGCACCAAAUUCAUAACUUGAUGUGUGGGGGUGGCAGCAAGAAGCCAGGUAGUUAGUCAUGUUUGAAUAGGUGUACAAAUUAUAUUUAAGAACCACAUUGUUAGGUGCCAUCCAGUUGGUUCUGACUCAUAGCAACUCUGUGUACAACAGAAGGAAACACCACCUGGUCCUGUGCCAUCCUCACAAUCAUUGUUAUGUUUGAGCUCAUUGUUGCAGCCACUGUGUCAGUCCAUCUCAUUGAGCAUUCUUACGCUUUUCGCUGACCCUCUACUUUACCAAGCAUGAUAUUCGUUUCUAGAGACUGGUCACUCCUGUUAGUCCAAAGUACAUGAGACAAAGUCUCACCAUCGUCACUUCUAAGGAAGAUAUCUUCUUCCAGGACAGAUAUGUUCGUUCUUCUGUUAGUCCAUGGUAUAUUCAAAAUUCUUUGCCAACACUGUAAUUCAAAUGCAGCGGUUCUUUUUGGAUGCUCCUUAAUUCACUGUCCGGCUUUCGCAUGCAUGUGAUGCGAUUGAAAAUACCAUGACUUGGGUCAGGCGCACCUUGGUCCUCAAGGUAACAUCUUUGCUUUUGAGAUCUUUUGCAGCACAUUUGCCCAAUGCAACGUGUCAUUUGAUUUCUUGACUGCUGCUUCCGUGGGCAUUGAUUGUGGAUCCAAGUAAAAUUAAAUCCCUGACAACUUCGGUAUACAAAAAAAACCCCAAACCCACUGCCGUCGAGUCGAUUCCGACUCAUAGCGACCCUAUAGGAUAGAGUAGAACUGCCCCCAUAGAGUUUCCAAGGAGCACCUCGUGAAUUUGAACUGCCAACCUCUUGGCUAGCAGCCGUAGCACUUAACCACUAUACCACCAGGGUUUCCAACCAGGGUUUCUCUUUUUAUCGUUAUGUUGCUUAUUGGUUUUCUUUAUGUUGAGAUAUAAUCCAUAGUGAAGGCUGUGGUCUUUGAUUUCAUCAGUAAGUGCUUCAAGUCCUCUUCACUUUCAGCAAGUAAGUUUGUAUCAUCUGCGUAUCACAGGUUGUUAAUGAGUCUUCCUCUAAUCCUGAUGCCCCGUUCUUCAUAUAGUCCAGCUUCUCAGAUUAUUUGCUCAGCAUACAGAUUGAAUAAGUAUGGUGAAAGGAUGCAACCCUAACACACACCCUUCAUGAUCCCAAACCACGCAGUAUGUACUUGCUCUGUUCCAAUGAUUGCCUCUUGGUUUAUAUACAAGAACCAUCGUCAUAGUUUUUCCAUACAAGCUGGGAAAAGUCUAAGCAGUCAUUCACUGCGUCUUAUGAAAAAAAAAAAAAAGACCCUUUAUCAGAAAAAAAAUGCUUAAAGAAAAGGCAACUUAGCUCAUAGUGUUAAGAUUUGUUUUGUUUCUGUCAGUGUCUAAACUCCAACUCCCAACCACAGACACAGUACCCCAUUGCUAUUAAGUCAAUUCUGAUUCCUAACAACUCUGUGGGACAGAGUAGAACUGCCCUAUGGGGUUUCCAAGGCUGUAAAUCUUUAUGGAAGCAGAUUUCCAAUUCCUUCUCCCGUGGAGUGGCUGGUGGGUUCAAAGCACCCAGCAUUCAGUUAGCAACUGAGUGCUUUACCGCUGUGCCACUGGGGUCCCUUCACAGACAUAUUGUAUCAGCUAAAGUAGGUUAUAUCUCUGCCUUUUUCUGGCUGUAUUCUCAAUUUGGUGCCCAAAUCAGGUCUUGUAAACUGUUGAAGGGUUAUGUGAAUUGAUAUUCAUUGUUCAGUCUUGGCCUUCACCAAGAAAUUUACUGAAUACUGUGUGUCCUUAUUCCCUAAACAAACAAAACUCAAACCCAUUGCUGUAGAGUCGAUUUCAACUCAUAGCGACCCUAUUCCCUAGACAUAGAUAAAAUAAUAACACUUUAAGUUUGCUCAGAAGAGCUCCAUGGAGUAAUCAAUAUUUACUAAGGGCUUAUUUGCUCAUUUUUAUUCACAGAAAGACAACACAAUAGUGAAAUACAUCUGUUUCAAGUUCUUUAAUCUUCAAAAAAGAAAAACCUCUGAAAUUUAAAAGAUAAUAUAUAUACAUGCUGUUUUAGAUGGCUUUGGAAUACUACAAUGAUCCUGAAUUUUGAAACUUUUCAGUAUAAAAAGUUCAGUUCUGUGCCACACAGAUUUUAGCUGUAUGGUUGUGUUAUGUACAUAAAGAUAAAAGGAAAAGAAAAGAUGGGACAGUUUAGAUACUAUUUUUUAUGAUGAGUAUAUAUACAUGUAUUAUUAUUUUUUUUUUUCUCAAUUUCUUU